AUGGCAGGAAGAUUGCGUUCAAACGAGAGAGAGGUGGAACUCGAAGUGCUGAAGAAACCAUUCAGGCAAUGGACUGCCGAAGAAGUCACCGGCGUAUUAAAUGGAGUUAUUACACAGGAUGAAGAACAGCGGAUGCUACACAAUGACAUAAAGGGUUGUGUGGUGAAAGAUUUCUGUUGUGUUGAUUUUCUUAUCUACGUACUACAUCUAAGCAAAAGCACAGCUAUAAAAGUAAUGGAAGUUCUACAACCGUACAUGGAUGAAUAUGAGGAUGAGGAGGUCGUGUUGACGGAUUACUGCUUCCAAUCAAGAGUACUCUUCACAGAAGGUGACACUCUACCUGGAGUUGCGGAGAGUAAUUCGAAAUACGCGCGUACUCCUCGAUUAAGAAAUCCAGACGGUGAUAGUAGGAAAUUUUUAAGUACAACAUUAGAAACAUACUACAGUGAGGAUCCAUCAAACGGCGAAGCAGAAAUCCAUAAUUUCACUGAUAAGACAUACCGUCAACCCAAAGAUUUGCAUAAUUUUCACAAAAAAACUUCUUCCAUUAGAAGUUGUGCUACGCAAAGCAAUGAAUACACUUAUAACAAAUAG